AUGUGGAAGAAUUGGUUCGAUAAACACUAUACUGAGUUGACACCUGCGUCUAGUCAGUUUGACGAAGAGGCUCUGGCAGACUAUGUCAACACCAAAGUCAUAUAUCAAGCAGGUGUUGAUUUUGAAAGUAAACCUAUGGUUGUCAUUUGUGCUUGUAAUCUACCAAAUCCCAAAGACGUAGAUUAUGAUAAAAUUCUGGGUCGCAUCCUACAACGUCUUGACUUGUUUGUAGAAAGCGACUAUUCGGUAGUGUUCUUUGCUGGCGGCGCGAAAUAUAGACCAGGAUGGUCAUGGAUACUUAAAGCUUACAGCAGCCUUGGCAGAAAGUACAAGAAAAAUCUCAAAUCUUUUUACGUCGUGCACGCGUCAAGAUGGACACGCCUAAUAUUGGAUUUAAUGAGCGCUGUCAUAAGUCCAAAAUUCCUGCGUAAGGUUAAAUAUGUUAGUACGCUUUCUGAACUGGCGAGAUAUGUGCCGCUCACUCAGAUCGACAUUCCGCCAGUUGUAUACGAAUACAACAUCAGAUAUGAGGAUAAGAUAGCUCUCCCAUCAUCGCAAUCAUAUGAUGAACAUGGUCAUUUGAUGUUUGGCGUACCAAUCGAAGUACUGAUGGGUUCAGCAGGAGAAAAAGGAAUCCCGAGAGUCGUGAAAGAGUGUGUCGCUUAUUUGAGAGCUAACGGUCUUUAUACAGAAGGUGUGUUUCGACGAUCACCAAACUCUAUGUUAUUACGACAAGCACGAGAAGCUUAUGACAGAGGCAACCCAAUAAAAUUAGAAGAUUACGGAGUACACACCGCAGCUGUCUUACUAAAAAUGUUCUUCCAUCAACUUCCUAAACCCAUAAUUCCCUCCGAUUUAUACGAUGUUCUCCGGCAGAUAUCGCAAAAACCAACACCACUCGACCGAGUGGAAUUCAUCCGAAAUAAAGUCUUCUCUUUACUCUCUCCUGCGGCAAUAAUCCUCCUCCGACAUGUGUUUUCAUUAUUACGCGACAUUGCAGAGCAUCGAGAAGAGAAUAAAAUGACAUCGUACAAUCUAGCAGUCAUGCUUGCGCCCAAUUUAGUACAUAGCGGGUCUCCGACACUCGACGUCAGCAUGUGUACUAUAUCACCCGAUGACGAAAGAGUCGGCGGAGGUGUUGGUUUAUUUGUUCGCAUUUGCAUCGAACAUUUUGAUCUCGUAUUCGAAGAUGUUGACGAACCGAAAGAACUCAUCAGAGAUGUAAUCGAAACGGCUUCGUUCUCAACUUCGUCUUCCAUGAGCGGUUCGACCGAAAGCUCUGCUACAAUAACAUUAAAUCAUUCAGCGACGCUUCCAUAUUCAUCUCCUCCAAAAUAUCCAUCGCUCCGCAGAAUGAAAUCGUUUGGAGCAUUAUCAUCGAACAACGUGGAUGUCAGAGUUGGUAGUGGAGUUGAAGUAGCUGGUGUUAUGGCUCAGGGACUAGUUAGCAGGUCCCCGCCGCCAUAUGCUUACAGAGAUGACCCGAAUUCGCCGUUGCUUGAAGGGUUGAGAGUAGGUGCACCAUGGUAG